AAAAUCAGAGUUAGUAUCUACUAACUCUGAUAAAAUUAAAAAUAAUAAUAUCAAAAAUCAAACUGAUAACCUUCUAGGCGUGAAUUAUAAAACCUUACAUCCAAUCAUUUCUUCUUGUUUUGUCGUUGUUAUGAUCUCCCCUCACCUAAUACUCCACUCCCAUAUCAUCCAAAACAGCCAGGCGUUGCUAAUGUUUGAACGAGAGGAUCUGAGCACUAGAUGCACGUGUGCUCAAAAUGGCGGAUUCCAGUCAUUUGGAAACGUUUAUGCAAAAUGAAGACUCACAGCCUAACCAGCUUUUAUCAAGAAUUGUGCGAGAUAUUUACGACAUGAAGACGUCUAUGUUGACGAUUGUGGAAGACCUCGGGCCAUAUUUAACUAGUGCUAAUGUCAGUCGACGCUGUAAAGCCGUUCAGCUUUUGUCGGGSAUUCUACAAAGAUUGGUGAAUUUUAAACUCAAUCAGCAACAAGUUGAGGUUUUGUGCAAUUUCUACUGUGACCGUUUGAAAGAUCAUUACUCCAUAGCGCCCUACUCUUUGAUUGGCAUCCAGGCUUUGAUUGCUAAUCAAGAACUACGACCUGGACAACUAGUCGUUAAGACAAUACAAGCUCUCUUCGCAGAAAUCAAUAAUCAGUCAUUAAUGCAGUCUGGUCGGUGUACAGUAUAUGGGAUAUUACUUUCCUCGGUGAGCAAGUAUCUUAAAGAUCUUCAAACCAUUGGCUCUGAUUUUGUUUUUGGUGUUAUUCAAACUAUGGACGGUGAAAAGGACCCAAGGAAUUUAGUUUUAGCAUUCCAGCUUGUAGCAUUGCUUGUGAAACAUUUUCCAAUAGGUUUGUUUGCAGAAGACUUGUUCGAAGUUACAUCUUGUUAUUUUCCUAUAGAUUUUAGUCCAUCAUCWGAAGAUCCUUCAGGAAUAACAAAAGAUGAUCUUGUGUUGGGAUUACGGAAAUGUUUGUCAAGCACUAAUUUAUUUGCUUCAUUUUGUCUGCCUUUGUUACUUGAGAAGUUGACCUCUGAUGUUAUAAGUGCAAAAAUYGACUCAUUGCUUACAUUGGCGUCUUGCAUGACAGUGUACACAACACAAAGCAUUAAAGAAUAUUUGGAUCCUUUUUGGAAAUCAAUACAAAGAGAGGUUUAUCAGACUAUUAGCUCAGAACUAGAGGAUGCAGCUUUACUGUCGCUAACAAGCAUCGUUAGAAAUCUAUGUUCACAAAAACAAGACAUUGAACCAAGAGACAAUUUCUUAUCUGUAAUAAUUAAAGAGUGUGAACAACAUCUCAGAUCUGAGGAUUUAAGGAUGAUGAAGCCAAAUGGCAGGAUACUACAAGCAGUGGCAUCUGCAGCAGAAUUGGCUUAUCAGCAAGURAUGAUUUCCACAAUUCCUUUGCUUCUUAACAAAUACAAUGSUCAACCACAGGGAAUUGCUAGAAAAAUUACUCUAGAYGUGAUGCUAGAGCUGUUAAAGGUUUCCAAAGACUUCCAUUCCACAGUAAAAGAUGACCCUGUUGUAGUGAAUAAAGAGGCUAUCCAAGCUAUCAUGUUUGAAGCCCUGKCAUCCGAAAGCCCUUCCAUAAACUGUGCUGGUAUAACAGGUUUAGUGGCAAUCGUGUCCUUGAGUGAUSUUUGUUCAGAUGAUGAGGUCAAGUUAUUCAUGCAACAUUUAACAAAACAUGCUCUUGAUACUUCUGAUGCAACAGUGAGGCAAGAAAGUACAAUGGCACUGGCUUACCUGUCUUCCAAUUUUCCAUCRUUAAUAAAAACAGAAGUCCUUCCWGUUGUUCGCAGCCAUCUUUCAUCAGAAGAGAGUGUUUCUAUGGUUUGUGACAGCUCCAUGGCAACCACUGAGACUACCAAUCAUGGAUAYGCAGUAGAUACUUUAUGUGUAGUUUGUACAGAGGAAUCCCUUGUACGAGAUGUUAUUGCAAUAAUGCUAACACACAGCAAGAAUUUAUCCAAUGUCAAUGAGGUAACURAUGAUAUCAAGAUCAAGGGAAAGAAAACAUUCACUAGUCUUCUGUCUGUUGUAGAAGGAACUUUGAAACGCAAUCUUAUCACACCAGAAUUUUACUCAAAUAACYUAAUACCAGAAGUUUUAUCAAUAAUUYUAGAACCUGUCCUGCAAGAUGCUCAAACAAACCUCAUGGUUGAGGCAGACAUUGUGGAGACAGUCAGCUCUGUUCUACGAGGGAUUAUAAGUCAACAGCAGACAGAAUCUGUAGAAGAGACAUUACAGUCUAUCAUAGCUCUCUUUGUAGAGGGUAUUUUACCAAAAUCACUUGACAAAUAUAAAGAUACGGUGUUUAGGCCAUUAGAGCUAACUUCACCAUGGCAACAAACACAGCUUGUUGUCCUGUUAAUGGCUGUUAUCUGUUCUGUAAAGAAGGAGGUGUCCAUUCCAAAGUACCAGGUUCUGGUGUCAAAGUUAGAAUGUCUGGCCUGUCAGUCUACCCAUAAAAGAACAAAUAUUGCGGCAGCAAAGUGUCUGGCUGGUCUUAUCAACAAGAUGGAUCAUGGUCAAGACCUGGACAACCUACUCCUWCAUCUAAAAGAUACUAUAUGGCCUUGUGUUACUGACAUGACGUACAAAGACCAUCACUGGAGUCUUCUUAUUACAUGGCUUUGGAUAACAAGGUCUCUCAUAAUCCGUUCUCAUCCAGCGUCAAUAGAUUUCAUUAAGAAGAUAAUGAGCAUGUUUGACAAAGAAGACCUUGGCAAAGUUGCAUCUGAUGGAUUUUACAUUCUAAUAAUGGACAGCAAUGACAUCAUGACGGCAGCUAUGCAUGCUAAUAUUAGAAUAAUGUACAGGCAGCGUUUCUUUAUGGAAACCCUACCGCUACUUCUUGCUGGUUUUCAGUCUGCACCAACAGUUCAUAAACAUAAUUACUUGACAGCUUUGUCACAUUUACUUCGCUGGAUUCCAAAACAAGUAUUAAUGUCUGAAAUUCCAAAUUUAAUGCCACUUUUGAUCCAGUCCUUGUCUCAUGAUCAAGCCAGUUUAUUGCUGUCUUCAUUGCAAACCUUGUACUCACUGGUCUUUGAUGCACCGGAAGCCGUCACUAGACAAAUCACAUCAAUUGUACCAAACUUGCUGCGACUUGUGAAGUUUGAAGGUUCAAUGACUGUACGUAUAGAGGCAUUGAAGUGUCUUGGAGCUUUGACAACAUUACCCCACCAUGUUGUGUAUGUUUAUAAGACCAAAGUAAUCAAGAGCCUUGCGCCAUCGCUUGAUGACAGAAAGAGACUUGUCAGAACUGCAGCUGUAACAUGCCGCAAUGAAUGGUUCCUUUUGGGAAGUGGAUAAGGAAGWUAUAAUAUUCCAAUGUAUUUUGUACAAAGUAUUGUUGCCAUUAAAGAUAAGUAAAAUGUUUAA